UGAUCAGAAUUUAGCUGAAGCGUUAGACGCUCCAAUAGUUGGACAAACGUUUAGUACUUGGGAAGACUUGGAUAGGUUCAUUUCUCUCUAUGCGAGGUCACAGAAUUUUGUCAGUGUUAUUCGUGGAUCAGAGUAUGAUGAUAGCAUUUGUCGAAGCCGUAGAUAUGCAUGUAAACACCAGGGCCGUAAUAUUGUUAAAAACAAAACUAAUAUUGCUGAAAAUCAGCGGCAAACACGAAGCAAGCGUACCGGGUGCCAUUGGCAGGUUCGUGCUACCUUUCCCAAGAAAACUGGCAUAUUAAGUAUCAGCUCUGUUUAUUUGGUUCAUAAUAAUCAUUUAAUGGAAAAUGGAACCAAUAAGUUUGCCUCAAAAUAUAGAGCAUUUUCUGAGGAUAUGUUAAAGGACAUUGAAUUCUGA